AGAUUCAUCAUUUUCCACAAUUUUACAAAUUCAAGCUCUCUUUUUUCUCUCUCGUAGCUUCCUGAAGUAGUCUUCUUCUUAUUUUUCUGCAAAUUUCACCAAAUCCUUCCCGUUAUUCAUCUCUUUUUCAUCAAAUUCAGCUUCAAACUCCUCAUAUAAUCUGAUAGGUUGCUGAAGAGAAUAUUUUCUCGGCACGAAACCGAGAUGGAGGGCAUAUAAAGGAAAAGGAGAAAAGAAUCAUAGAAGGCAGCUGGAGAUUGGAGGAGAUAAGAAUAUUUAGCGGCUAGCAUCAAAAUGGAGAAACCUGCAAGAUCAAAUCCUUGACUCGGCCCACUUUUUAUUGGGAUAUAUCAUAUAUAUUCAGCAACACAAGAGCCAUUCCACCACCGGUCGUUUACACCACCGAGUCACUCUCUGCGGCAACGAUGUCCGACUCAAACUUUGACUCAGCUCCGAGCAAAAGCAAGAACGAUAGCUCUCCUCUUAAAAGGAGGAAAAGCUUGUUCCCCUUCGCUUUACUCUUUUCGCUGAUAGGUCCUGCGAUUGCCGCUAUAGUGAUGUACCAACUCGACGAAUUCGACGCAGCGCCUAUUCCGCUGACCCACGAGUUGACUCAUCCCCCGUUGACAUCUCCCUUGUGUAAUAAUCGGAUGCUACUGGGAGCGGAAAUGGUAGGCGCAGGGCAGUUGCCGGGACCAGAAGACAUCGCCUAUGACAGCAAAUCGCGAGUCAUUUUCACUGGGUGUUAUGACGGAUGGGUGAAGCGAGUUACGGUGAAUGACUCGGUUGGCGAUUCGGUGGUGGAGAGGUGGGUCAACACCGGCGGUAGGCCGCUCGGGGUGGCUGUUGGACACAACGACGAAGUCAUUGUCGCCGAUGCUUACAGGGGGUUGCUGAACAUAAGCAGAGACGGGGAAGUGGAGCUGCUAACGGACGAAGCUGACGGCGUCAAAUUUAAGUUAACUGACCAUCUAGAUAUAGCAGAUAACGGUGUAAUUUACUUCACAGAUGCUUCUUACAAAUACAACUUUAAAGAUUAUAUGUUGGAUAUUCUAGAAGGCAGGCCAUACGGUCGGUUUAUGAGCUUUGACCCAGCCACCAAACGCACCACAGUUCUGGUCUCUGACCUCUACUUUGCUAAUGGCGUUGCUGUCUCUCCAGACCAGACUCAUGUCAUCUUUUGUGAGACCCCCAUGAGAAGGUGUAGAAGAUAUUACAUAGAAGGAGAAAAGAAGGGACGCUUAGAAAAAUUUGUUGAUAAUUUGCCUGGCUUGCCUGAUAACAUUCGUUACGAUGGAGAAGGCCUGUAUUGGAUUGCAUUGCCCACGGCAGUAACAACUCCUUGGAACAUAGCAACCAAGUACCCUUUUGUGAGAAAAGUCGUAGCAAUGUUGGAGAAGAUGAAAUUGCGACCUCAAAUGGAGACAAACAGUGGUGUUUUUGCCGUUGAUGUAGAAGGGAAACCUAUAGCUUAUUACGGCGAUGUUGGAUUAAAGCUUAUCUCGAGUGGAAUCAAGAUAGGAAGUCAUCUUUACUGUGGUUCUCUUCACUAUCCUCACAUUAUUCGCCUGAAUCUGGAUCAACAUCCAGCUCGUCCUUCCACUUAAUGCUAUUACUAUCACUUCAAAGAAAAACUUUUCAAACAUGACUCGUCUUGUCUAUAUUCAGAAGAUGAUGAUAAUAACAAGAGCAUGUUUAAUUA